AUGGAACCAGCUAGUCUCUGGACAGCAUUUGAAGUGGAGCAGGAGUUUCACUGGAGGCUGCAGAACCUCUUGACCCUACAGGAUGAGCUGGUAUCAGAGGUAAGACUAUGUACCAGUUAUCCCAGCAGAAGAGCUGGCACCCUCCCCUUUCCCUUUGUCCAGGGCCUGAAUACCCACAGGCCAACCAUGCAGAAGUGCUGGCAACAGGGAAGAGCGCAGCUGGCCUCUGCCCUCCCCCUGUCCUCAUUCCAGGACCGGACGACCCUCUGACUUACUCAGCGGUAACGCUAAGGCUAAGGGGCAGAGCGCCACUGGCCUCUGCCCCCCAAUUACUCACAACUCCAUGCCUGGGAGCACAAGGGAGCGCCGCUGGCCUCUGCCCCCCAAUUACUCACAACUCCAUGCCUGGGAGCACAAGGGAGGUCAGGGGUGAAGGACACCCACUCAGCAACCUGGUACAUACAGUACAGAGCUGGACACCAGAGGCCACCAGGUCAAGUAGUUGUGCAUGGGUGGGCUACUCGACUAACUCAGGUGCCGACCGACAGAAGGUCAGGUACCUGGUUAGUCUUCCCUUGGGGAGGAAGAAAUGUGACGAACUGAACCUCAUCACGGAUGCUUGGAGGGGCCUGCUGGCCAGCCUCUUGCCAAAAGACUACAGGCCAAAUCAAUGACUGUAAAGAUCCCCUAGCUCUCCUGGCUCGGCACUUUCCAUAGAACCAAAGGCUAGCUCCUUGGCGGCCGUUCGCAUUGACCAAAACCACGAAUAGACUUCAGGGGGACUUAGCCGCGAAUGCCCUGGAACUAUUUUCAGCAUGAAGACUUUACGGUUCCCAGUCGGUUCCCCACCGGCACUUAGCCACGAUUCUAUGAAACUAUUUUCUGCAUGAAGACUUCGCAGUUCCCAGUCGGUCGCCAGCGGUACUUAGCCGCGAUUCUAUGGAACCGUUUUGGGCAUGGGACCAUAUGUGCGGUCGGUAGAGUUGAGCAAACCCGGACUGUAAAGAUUAGGUUCGUACCAAACAUUACGUUUUUUGGAACACGGACCCGAACACGGACAUAUCACUGUAUAUUCGAGUUGGAGUUCGGUAUUCGGCGAUUUAAUGGUGAGUUUUGAAAGGCUGCACGGCAGCCAAUCAACAAGUGUUUGACUCGUGUGCCCUUAGAAGCCAUCACAGCCAUGCCUACUAAUGGCAUGGCUGUGAUUGGCCAGUGCAGCAUGUGACCCAGCCUCUAUAUAUCAGCUGGAGUCACAUAGCGCCGCACGCAGAGGUCUUAUUAGUGUAGAGGAUGCUGCCACUGUGAGGGACAGCUUAGGAAAAAUUUUGGGUGCUAAACUGCUAAAUAGUAUUUUAGUGGGGUGCACUUCAUAUCUGAGAGUCAAAUAGAAGCAUCAGCACAGUUGUAAACAUUCUAAUUGUUUUGGUGCUAAACUGCUAAAUAGUACAUUUUGGGGCCUGCUCUUCAUAUCUGAGAGUCAAAUCGAAGCGUCUAAUAGUGUGCUUACAGCGCAGUGGUAAACAUUCUAAUUGUUUUUCUGCUAAUCUGCUAAAUAGUACAUUUUGGGGCCUGCUCUUCAUAUCUGAGAGUCAAAUCGAAGCGUCUAAUAGUGUGCUUACAGCGCAGUGGUAAACAUUCUAAUUGUUUUGCUGCUAAUCUGCUAAAUAGUACAUUUUGGGGCCUGGUCUUCAUAUCUGAGAGUCAAACAGAAGCGUUUUAUAGUGCACUUACAGCUCACUUGUAAACAUUGUAAUUGUUUUGCUGCUAAUCUGCUAAAUAGUACAUUUUGGGGCUUGCUCUUCAUAUCUGAGAGUCAAAUCAAAGUGUCUAAUAGUGUGCUUACAGUGCAGUUGUAAAAAUUCUAAUUUUCUGGGUGCUAAUCUGCUAAAUAGUACAUUUUGGGGCAUGCACUUCAUAUCUGAGAGUCAAAUAGAAGCACCUUGUAGUGUGCUUACAGUUCAGUGGUAAACAUUCUAAUUGUUUUGCUGCUAAUCUGCUAAAUAGUAAAUUUUGGGGCCUGCUCUUCAUAUCUGAGAGUCAAAUAGAAGCGCCUUAUAGUAUGCUUACAGUGCAGUGGUAAACAUUCUAAUUGUUUUGCUGCUAAUCUGCUAAAUAGUACAUUUUGGGGCCUGCUCUUCAUUUCUGAGAGUCAAAUAGAAGCAUCUAAUAGUGUGCUUACAGCGCAGUUGUAAAAAUUCUAAUUUUAUGGGUGCUAAUCUGCUAAAUAGUAAAUUUUGGGGCCUGCUCUUGAUAUCUGAGAGUCAAAUAGAAGCAUCAAAUACUGCUGUCACAUUGCAGUUUUCAAAAUUAAUUUUUUUUUGGGUGCUAAAAAGUACAUUAGUGGGGUUCACUUCAUAUCUGAGAGUCAAAUAGAAGCGUCAAAUACUGCUGUCACAUUGCAGUUUUAAAACUUAAAAUUUUUUGGGUGCUAAACUGCUAAAUAGUAUUUUAGUGGUGUGCACUUCAUAUCUGAGAGUCAAAUAGAAACGUCUAAUAGUGUGCUUACAGCGCAGUGGUAAACAUUCUUAUUUUCUGGGUGCUAAUCUGCUAAAUAGUACAUUUUGGGGCCUGCUCUUCAUAUCUGAGAGUCAAAUCGAAGCGUCUAAUAGUGUGCUUACAGCGCAGUUGUAAACAUUCUAAUUGUUUUGGUGCUAAACUGCUAAAUAGUACAUUUUGGGGCCUGCACUUCAUAUCUGAGAGUCAAAUCGAAGCGUCUAAUAGUGUGCUUACAGCGCAAUGGUAAACAAUCUAAUUGUUUUGCUGCUAAUCUGCUAAAUAGUACAUUUUGGGGCCUGCUCUUCAUUUCUGAGAGUCAAAUAGAAGCAUCUAAUAGUGUGCUUACAGCGCAGUUGUAAAAAUUCAAAUUUUAUGGGUGCUAAUCUGCUAAAGAGUACAUUUUGGGCCUGCUCUUCAUUUCUGAGAGUCAAAUAGAAGCGUAACUUUGAUUCGAAUUUAAUACAUCGGUCACUUGUAAUAUUGUUUCACACCUACAACACUUGUUACACAGAUCUAAGUGAUAGAAAACAGAUUGAUAUUCUAUACACUAGAAACUACCAGAUAACAAGCUGCUAUUUAAACCAGUUAUCAAUAGCUAAGAGGUACUUAAACAAUAUUGUAACUCUGGGGGAGUCAAACUGAGAGGUCAGUUUAUAGGGAAAACUGUUGCCUGGAUACAAUUCUAAAACAAUUUCCAUAUGUCCUUUGCAGACUUUACAUGCUGGAAAAAACACAGGUGCCAACUGCUGUGGCUUUCUGCAGUGUGCAUACCGGCAAGGAGGGCAGGGUUGAGGAGUGGGUGGAAGAUGAUGUGGAGGAUGAUGAGGUCCUAGACCCCACAUGGAAUCAAGGUCAUGCGAGUGACGUGUGCAGUUUGGAGGAAGAGGCGCUGGUCGCACAGAGGUACCAGCACAGCAUAGGAGGGAGCAGGGUGCAAAAGCGGAGCGGCCGUCCCCUAGCGCUUGUUGGCAUGUAUUAUCUUUAGAAUUCCCACAGUUAUGCAAGUAGCAGUUGAAGCGAUAAAAAGAACUAUAACAGAUUUAGAAGUUAGGAGUCACAGUGUGGAAUGGAUUAGCAGGGUCUGGUGCAGGGUAACCGCACGCCCCCUGGCGUUGAGCACCAGCGUUUGUGCGGCCACAUACCAGGACCUUAAUGCAGCUUCAGUAAAAAGAGUACUGGAUACCAGAAGCCAUCACCACAAUGAUCUGCAACUUUGAACAGGAUGUGACAUUCACUGUAGCGGCUGUGUGCGUUUUCAGCGUUCUCACCCUGCUGCUGCUCGCCUGUCUGCGCUGCAGCGUAACUUUAGCCUUCCCGCCACAGGCUGCUCACUGUUUAAAUUUUGGGGCCCCUGACACAGCCCAAGGUCUAGGCCCCCCGGGGCCCGCCCCCAAGUCAGUUCACAUGACCUGCCCCAAGUCCGCCCACAUGACCUGCCCCCAAAUCCACCCACAGGGCCCAUCUUAAGUCCACCCACAAGGAUGAAGUGUGUGUGUACUGAAUUUGUGUAGUAGAUACAAAGUGCGUGAGUACAGUGGAUACGCUGUUUGUAGCGGAGAUACAAUAUUCCACAGAUUAUCUCCGCUUAAGAUCCCAGUGAGGCUCAGGAACAAGUAAUUAUAAAUCCACAAGGCAAGGUUUCCAGCAGGUAAAAUAAUCCAACAGUAUCCCAACAGCAAUCCCAAUAACUGGACGACACACAGCAUCAGGAGCAAAACUGAAAACCUUUAUUCCACAGUGGCCUUAUAAAGCAUGCUCCCAUGCAAGGGAGGGACUUUCAUCAAUUAUUACAGUACCCAAUCUGACAAUAGUAACCUCCCACCCAUCUCCUCCCCUCCUGACUCAUAAUCCAGGAUACUGUACACAAAUUCCCCCAGUUUCUGGAUGUACCCCUAAACCUAGGGGUACCCCUUUAAAUGGCACAUCCCCUGGUAGCCCUGAUCUGGGUGAGCAACAUAUCCAAAAAUCACCCAGAUCGGACCAGGGGUUCGGGAAAUUUAUGGAAGUACUAAAAAGACCGACCGCGCUGGAGAGAACAGCCGAAUUGGGUUCCAUGCGAUGGGGCCCUGCGGUCGGUCCCAGUAUAAGGGAAUAAAUUACAUGAAAGGCUAAGGCUACAGAGAUCAGGUAGGGUUCGCAUGAAUCCCCUCGUUCGGUUGUUUCUGUCUACCGAACGAGGGGCCGUUCGGUAGUUUGGAACCGAACGGACCGGGCUUGUGGAGGUCUCAGCGGUGUUCGCCUAGUCGAGUGUCUGAUUUGAGUUCCAGACACUCGACGGCAAAACACCGCUGUUCGGGAGUUUUAAAAUGGCCGCCACCACGUGUUCGUUUCCCGAAUGGCGGCCACCACGCGAACAAAGACAUGGUACAAUGAGAAAAAUGACUGGGACGUAGCAAUACCAGGGUACUCUUUAUAUAGGAAAGAUAGGGAAGGCAAGAAAGGGGGAGGGGUGGCCUUGUAUGUGAAGGAUAGCAUAAAAUCUAGCCUAAUAAAAGUUAGUGAGGCAAACAUAGAGUCCGUUUGGGCUACGUUAGAAUUUGGUAAUCACACAGUAACUCGUGUAGGUGUGAUUUAUAGGCCCCCUGGACAAAUUGAAGAGUUAGAUAAUCUACUAGUUGAGGAAAUAGCUAAAAUGACAAUGAAGGGGAAGUUAUCAUCAUGGGUGACUUUAAUCUUCCUGAUGUAAAUUGGAAAACAAAAUUAGCUACUUGUGCCAGGAGCACACAUAUUCUAAACUCCCUACUGGAGUUGUCUCUAAAACAAGUUGUUGAGGAGCCAACUCGUAAAGAGGCCAUACUAGAUUUAGUGUUAACAAAUGGAGAUUUGGUAUCAGAUAUUACUGUAGGUGAAAGUUUAGGAUCCAGUGAUCAUCAGUCAGUGUGGUUUAAUAUAAGAACAGUGACUGAGUCACACCACACAAAAACAAAAGUUUUAGACUUUAGAAAAACAGACUUUUCUAAAAUUAGAAUAUGGGUAGAGGAGUCAUUAUCAGACUGGAGCAAUUUAAAUGGAGUCCAAGAAAAAUGGGAUUAUUUAAAAGUUGCACUAUUGAAGGCAACAGAAAAUUGCAUUAGGCUUGUCAGUAAAAGCAAAAAAUUCAAGAAACCACUGUGGUACUCCGCAGAUGUGGCCAAAAUAGUUAAAAACAAAAAGUUAGCAUUUAGGAAUUAUAAAAAAACCCAGAGUGAGGGAGACAAAAUGAUCUAUAAGAUUAGGCAGAAAGAGGCUAAGCAAGUUAUAAGAGCUUCCAAAUCACACACAGAAGAGAAAAUAGCACAGUCAGUAAAAAAGGGGGAUAAAACAUUUUUUAGAUACAUAAAUGAGAAAAGAAAAGUAAAACAAGGAUUAGUUAGAUUAAAAACAAAAGAAGGAAGGUAUGUAGAAGAGGAUAAAGGUCAGGCUGACUGCCUCAAUGAAUAUUUUUGUUCUGUAUUUACAGUAGAAAAUGAAGGAAAGGGACCUCAGUUGAGAAAAAGGAUAAAUGAGUCAUUUAUUACACGUGAGUUUACAGAGGAAGAGGUUCUAUUUCAACUGUCAAAAGUAAAGACAAAUAAGUCAAUGGGACCUGAUGGAAUACACCCAAAGCUAUUAAAAGAGCUUAGUGGUGUACUAGCAAAACCAUUAACAGAUUUAUUUAACCAAUCAUUGUUAACAGGAGUAGUCCCAGAAGAUUGGAAGUUAGCGAAUGUUGUGCCCAUUUACAAGAAAGGUAAUAGGGAGGAGUCGGGCAACUAUAGGCCAGUAAGCCUUACUUCAGUAGUGGGGAAAGUGAUGGAAACCAUGUUAAAGGAUAGGAUUGAUGAACAUCUAAAAACACAUGGAUUUCAAGAUCAGAGACAACAUGGGUUUACUUCAGGGAGAUCAUGCCAAACAAAUCUUAUUGAUUUUUUUGAUUGGGUAACUAAAAUUAUAGAUCAGGGUGGUGCAGUAGACAUUGCUUACCUAGAUUUCAGUAAGGCUUUUGACACUGUUGCACAUAGAAGGCUUAUCAAUAAACUGCAAUCUUUAAGUUUGGAUUCAAAUAUUGUUGAAUGGGUAAGGCAGUGGCUGAGUGACAGGCAACAGAGGGUUGUAGUUAAUGGAAUAUAUUCGAAGCUUGGACUUGUCACCAGUGGGGUACCUCAGGGAUCUGUACUUGGACCCAUUCUCUUUAAUAUUUUUAUUAGUGAUAUUGCAGAAGGUCUUGAUGGUAAGGUAUGUCUUUUUGCUGAUGAUACUAAGAUAUGUAACAGGGUUGAUGUUCCAGGAGGGAUAAGCCAAAUGACAAAUGAUUUAGGUAAACUAGAAAAAUGGUCAGAAUUGUGGCAACUGACAUUUAAUGUGGAUAAGUGCAAGAUAAUGCAUCUUGGACGUAAAAACCCAAGGGCAGAGUACAGAAUAUUUGAUAGAGUCCUAACCUCAACAUAUGAGGAAAGGGAUUUAGGGGUGAUUAUUUCUGAUGACUUAAAGGUAGGCAGACAAUGUAAUAGAGCAGCAGGAAAUGCUAGCAGAAUGCUUGGUUGUAUAGGGAGAGGUAUUAGCAGUAGAAAGAGGGAAGUGCUCAUGCCAUUGUACAGAACACUGGUGAGACCUCACUUGGAGUAUUGUACACAGUACUGGAGACCGUAUCUUCAGAAGGAUAUUGAUACCUUAGAGAGGGUUCAGAGAAGGGCUACUAAACUGGUUCAUGGAUUGCGGGAUAAAACUUACCAGGAAAGGUUAAAGGAUCUUAACAUGUAUAGCUUGGAGGAAAGACGAGACAGGGGGGAUAUGAUAGAAACAUUUAAAUAUAUAAAGGGAAUCAACACAGUAAAGGAGGAGACUAUAUUUAAAAGAAGAAAAACUACCACAACAAGAGGACAUAGUCUUAAAUUAGAGGGACAAAGGUUUAAAAAUAAUAUCAGGAAGUAUUACUUUACUGAGAGGGUAGUGGAUGCAUGGAAUAGCCUUCCAGCUGAAGUGGUAGAGGUUAACACAGUAAAGGAGUUUAAGCAUGCGUGGGAUAGGCAUAAGGCUAUCCUAACUAUAAGAUAAGACUAGGGACUAAUGAAAGUAUUUAGAAAAUUGGGCAGACUAGAUGGGCCGAAUGGUUCUUAUCUGCCGUCACAUUCUAUGUUUCUAUGUUUCUAUGUUUCUACUGCAUAGCUUGUUAAUUACCCGUUCACAACAUUGUUGCAACGGGUAUUUGAAGGCACACUUCACACAGGGGAGGUCUGAUUGUUCGGUAGUUUCAUUCCCUUAAUUUAUUUGAAUGAUUCUACCGAACAAUCAGACGAAUACACUUUAUUUAAACACAUACAAAACCAGCAGUUUACACGAAUGCAGUUAUACACAUGUAAUUUUCAGGACAGCCCAGUGCCAUCUGCUACACUGCUCCCCCUUGCCCACAAGCCGGCAUACACAGUCUGAUCCAGCACGGAUCGGCUUGGGGAUGUCCGGGGGCUCACGGAUCACUUUUCCAGGUCAGUUUGUCUCGACAACCCGUCAGCAUUCCCGUUUUGUUUACCCGGGCAGUACUGAAUAUUAAAGUCAAAGGGCUGCAGCGCCAAGCUCCAGCGCAACAGCCUGGCAUUGUCCCCAGCCACCUAGUUCAGCCAUACCAACUAGUUGUGAUCCGUGAGCAAUGAAAAGGGCUGUCCAUACAAAUACAGCUGCAGUUUCUUUAGGGCCCACACCACAGCCAGGCAUUCCUUCUCGAUGGCGGCGUAGCUUAGUUCGCGGGGUAGUAACAUGCGACUGAUGUAAGCCACGGGAUGUUCUCCGCCAUCGGCCCUGGCUUGGCUCAGUACUGCCCCCAAUCCAAACAUAGAAGCGUCUGUGUGAACAAGAAAACGUUUAGUUGGAUUGGGAGCUGCCAAGACAGGGGCAUUUAUCAGUGCAUUUUUCAGAUGUUGGAAUGCCUGCUCACACUCCGGGGUCCAGGUCACCUGGCGGGGCAGAUUCUUUCGGGUCAGGUCAGUGAGGGGUUUGGCCAGGGCACUAUAGUUAGGGACAAAUUUUCUGUAAUACCCAGCGGUCCCUAGAAACGCUAAAACUUAGGUCUUAGUCCUAGGGGUGGGCCACUGGGCCACGGCCUCUACUUUGGCUGGUUCGGGCUUCUGCUUGCCGCACCCCACUCUAUGUCCCAGGUAUUGCACCUCGGCCAUCCCUAUACUGCACUUGGCCGGUUUCAAUGUCAAACCAGCCUCCCUAAUCCUGUCUAGGACCGCUCCUGUAUGGGCCAAGUGCUCCUGCCACGUAUUGCUAAAAAUGGCAAUAUCGUCCAGGUAGGCACAGGUAUAGUCCUGGAACCCAUCCAGGAGUCGGUCCACCAUCCUCUGGAAAGUAGCUGGGGUGUUUUUCAUCCCAAAUGGCAUGACCUUAAACUGGUACAAACCAAAUGGGGUGACAAAGGCCGACUUAGGGAUGGCAUCUGGGGCCAGGGGAAUUUGCCAAUACCCCUUACAUAAGUCAAUAGUAGUGAGGUAUUGGCCCGUGGCCAUCCUGUCUAGUAGUUCAUCUAUCCGUGGCAUAGGAUAGGCAUCCGACACGGUUUUCUCGUUCAAUCUCCUGUAGUCCACGCAGAAGCGAGUCGUACCAUCUCGCUUUGGUACCAACACUACAGGAGAAGCCCAGGGACUAUCUGAGGGCUCAAUUACCCCCAGUUGGAGCAUCUCAUCGAUCUCCUUGCGCAUAUUCUCCCUCACCGCUUCAGGGAUGCAGUAGGGGGUCUGGCGCAUGGGUAGUUGCCCUGGGGUCUCUACCCGGUGAGUGGCCAGAGGGGUGUAACCAGGUACAUUAGAGAACGUGUCUCUAUUCUCUUCCAAUAGCUGCUGUAUCUCGAUACGCUCCUGUGGGCUCAGUCGGUUUCCCAGCGCAACCUCCCCUAAAUCUCCAGACAACUGCCCAUCUCCCAGCAGAUCUGGGAGAGGUAAGCUGUCAAACUCGUCAGAGUUGGGCGCACAUAUGGCGGUUACCUCCUCGGAGCGCUCCUGGUAGGGCUUCAUCAUGUUCACAUGGAGCAUGCAUCGCCCUCCAGUCCCUGUGCAGGGGCCGAUUAUAUAGGUGGUGUCACAUCUCUGUUGCACCACCCUAUAUGGUCCCUGCCAGGCGGCCUGUAGCUUGUCAUGUCGGACAGGUUUUAAAAUUAACACUUUCUGCCCGACCUGAAAGCUACAGUCCCUGGCUCCCCGAUCAUACCACUUGCGCUGGCGGAUCUGCGCCGCCUGAAGGUUUUCCCUUACCGUCCUAGUCAACGCUUCCAGGCAGUCUCGUAAUGCCUACACAUAUGGUAUGAUGGGAGUGCCAUCUGCGCUCCGGUCCUCCUCCCAAUGCUCUCUAAUCAGAUCUAGGGGGCCUCUGACUCUCCUCCCAAAUAGCAGUUCAAACGGGGAAAACCCCGUGGACUCCUGCGGCACCUCCCGGUAAGCGAAUAGGAGAUGCGGCAGGAAUCGCUCCCAGUCCUUGUGGGUCUCUGCGAAGGUUCGGAGCAUUUGUUUCAAUGUACCAACGAACCGUUCGCAGAGCCCAUUAAUCUGGGGGUGGUAAGGGGCACUGAUAAUACGCUUAAUGCCACAGAUCCUCCAGAGGUGUUGGGUGAAUUCUGCGGUAAAUUGGGUACCCUGAUCCGAGAUAAUCUUCCUGGGUAAUCCCAUCUGGGAGAAGAUCCGCAUGAGGGCAUCCGCGACCGUUUCAGCGUGGAUGUUGGUCAGAGCCACUGCCUCUGGAUAUCUAGUGGCAUAAUCUACCACAGUUAAAAUGUACCUUUUGCCUGACGGGUUAGCUUUCUUGAGGGGGCCUAUCAAAUCUACCGCUACUCUACUAAAGGGUUCCUCAAUUUUGGGUAGGGGGUGUAGUUUCGCCUUCCUUCGGUCUCCCCUUUUCCCUACCCUCUGGCAGGUAUCGCACGUAUUGCAAUACCUGCGCACUUCCUGGCUGAUCCCUGACCAGAAGAAACUUUGGGUCAGUCUGUACCUAGUGCGACUGACCCCUAAAUGUCCGGAUUGCGGAAUAUCAUGCGCCAUCCGGAGUAACUCUGCUCGGUACCGCUGUGGCACCACUAGCUGCCUCAUCACUAUCGGGUCUGACCCAGCUAUCUGCUUGUCUGACUCCCUGUAUAGAAGCUGCUUGUCCCAGACAAAUCUCUCUCCCUCCCCCCGGGUGAGUCAGUGACAACCUUGUCCCUAUAUACUUGCAGCAUAGGGUCAGUUACUACUUCAGCUGCAAAUUCAUUAGGUGGGGCCCAGGAGACACAUUCUAAGGAAGGGGAAGGGUCUCUUACCUGAACCUCCGGGACUGUGUUGUAGUCCUGGGUGCGGGCCUGUUGUCGGGUGACCACAGGGUGAACUUCUCCUGUGGUGGGUGUCUGGGGCUCAAAAGCAGACGUGAGCCUCCUCAGAUCGUUCCCCAACAAAACCUCCGCCGGUAACUGCGGCAUCAACCCCACCUCCACGUGUCCUGACCCCGCUCCUCAAUGCAAAUGUACCCUUGCUGUAGGUAGCCGGUACACUGCUCCCCCGGCUACCCUGACGGCUACAGUUUUACUGAGCUUAGCCUGAUCCAAGACCAGGUGACUUUUUACCAGGGUAAUAGUAGCUCCUUAGUCACGUAGUCGUUCAACCGCUUUACCCUCCAAGUAUACAGUCUGUCUAUGGUGCUGACGAUUAUCAGCAUUGGCCUGGACUGGAUCGGCUUUGUGCAAUACUUCCCACUGUUCCACGGUGGUAAUGGGCACUGCUGAACCAUACGGUGUUGCAACUAUGUCCUGGUAGCAGUGUGCUGUGGCCGCUCUUGGUGGUGGUGGUGGGCCUGGUCGGAUCCAGGUGGAACGAUCCCGUAGUUGUGGGCAUUCUCUUUUAUAAUGGCCCCAUUUCUGGCAGUGAUGACAGGGCCCAGAGCUCGGCUGGCGAAGCCGCGGCUGUGCAGCGGGCGGUGGUGGCAGUGGUAGUUGCCUUGGUGGUGCUGGGGUGUAGUUGGUUCCCCCAAACGUUUUCCAUGGGGCUUUUGGAACUGCAGGUUUUUGUUGCUUGCGUGCGUCCAGGUACUCAUCUGCCCUUCUAGCAGCUUCUGUGAGGGAAGUAGGGUUUCGGUCCCUUACCCACUCCUGGACAUCUGCUGUCACCCCAUCAUAAAAUUGUUGCAUUAGCAGCAUUUGUAUCAUGUACUCCAUGGACCGUGCCUUGCUAGCUUGCACCCACCCAAGCGCUGCCCGUUGUAACCUGCACGUCCAUUCUGCAUGCAAGUCCUUCUCCACUUUCUUUAAAUCCCGGAAUCUCCUCCGGUAUGCCUCUGGUGUUAUAGCAUACCGGGCCAGUAUAAUCUCUUUCACUUUACUGUAAUUCCUAAUUUCUUCAUCUGGCACAGUACGAUACGCCUCUGCUGCCCUCCCAGUUAACCGUCCUGCCAAAAUAGGUACCCAGUCCUCUGCGCUGAUUUUAUGCAGUGCACACAGUCUUUCAAAAUCUUGCAGGAAAGCGUCUAUAUCUUCCUCUGCCUCCACAUACGUUUUAAAAGCCUGAUACGGUAUUUUAGGCUUACCUUCCGAUGGCACGUUUACUGUAGAGCUGCGUUCUGGGGUUGUUGUUGUGUGAUGGGAUUCCAGCAUGGUUAAAAUUUAGUAGGCCAAAAUCUCCAUGUGGCAUAUGUGUAUGUUGUGUCAGUUGGUUAGCUACAUGUAGCUAGGAUACUGUCAUCAGUGUACUGAGCAUGUGCAGGAAUGCAGGAACUGAAAUUGCACUUAUUUCCUUUGUCUUGGAUGAGCCAUGUGGUUUGACUAGAUGUACAAGUCUAUAUUCUGCUCAUUGAUUGGUUAAAGGUAUAUGUGGGUGUAGCCAUUAAUGGGAGGAGUUAUAGUGCUAUAUAAGGAAUGUACACUAUGUGUUGGUCUCUCAGAAUGUUGGAACAGGAGUUCAUCUGAGACCCGAUCGGUAAUGUGAAUAAAGGCCUGUUACUUCCUGAAGACCUGUGUCCAAUAUUUCUGUGUUUGGCUUCUGCAUGCUUACACUGCAACAUUUCUGGUGCAAUUGGGCCGGGAACCUCAUCGCACGGAAGCUGGCACAGAGAUUUGAGACGGUAAAAUUUUACCAAACCUUCUACGCUACAAUCCUGGACUUCUACUGCGUGGACCUCCUUUCGUCUCGGCGCCACUGGCCUUUUGUCCAGGAGAUCAUCGGCUUCUGCGCAGUGAGUCCCGGAUUGUUCCGUCUAUGAGUGAACCCAGGUCCAGUAAUUGACAGGUGAGAUUGAUACCGUUAGAGCGGUAGACCCACAAGGGGUUUUAUAUUUGGAACCGGUUAUUGGUAUUGGCCCCUUCAGUAGAAGGAAGAAGUGAAAGCGCAACACUUAUCUGGAAAUUAGACGCUCUGUAGUCAGCCCGUCUAAUAUAGGUGGUUUGGGUCAGACUGAGUUGUGGUGUAAAUAGCUCAUGUCGGACACCGGUGUCCUGUCUUGACUAGCGUAUCUAGGGUGUAAAUUUUGUUCGCUAGGUCGGGGGGACCGGGAGACUAGCAUACUCUGUUGUAUAUUAUAGUUUGCUAGAUUUCACCCUAUCUUAACUAAGUGUGCUCUGUUGUAAAUCCAGCCACUAGCUUAUUGAUAGUUUAAUAGACUAGCUGGGUACUGUGUAAAUUCUGCCCUCUAGUUCGCUAUACGUGGUGUCUGGGCAGCGAAGAACUUAUCGAAUCUCUGGUGUAUAAAUAGAUCGAAAGCUCUCGAGGUGCUGGCCAGUUAGAAUAGUUGGGAUUAUUGUAAAUGUUGUUAAAUAUAUUGUAGUUGGUGAAUUGGUUAACUUGUAUGUCCUACUAGAAAGUUAGAGCUCUGCUGUCUAGUGGGAGUGUAAAUUGUGUGUAUAACUGUAAAAUAGCGCACGGUACCAUAACUACUGACAUGUACCAUAACCACUGACAUUGUGUAAAAUUACUAACAAUUGCUGUUUUAUGUUAUAUGUAUAAUACCAUAACUGUUACUAACUGAUCUGUGACUUUAAAACUGUAUUAUAACCACUUACUAACUGUACCAUAACCACUGACUGUAAAGAUGAGGUUACUAGAAUGUGAUAUAGUUGGUUAGUCAAGAGUUGAUUUAUAGUACGGAUAAUUGUAGAGAUGAAUUUGUUGAAAUGUUAUGUGAUCGGUUAGUUUAUAUGGAUUAAUAGCGUGGAUAGUUGUAUGGUUUGUAUAAUAGUUACAUUGAUGAGUGUAUAGUCUUUGGUGGGUUUUUGAUUUAAUUUUGUGUGUGCGACGUCGUGAUAUUGUUGAGCAUGUGAGGAUCCUGUGUGUGUGUUUGGGCCUAGUGACUGCGCAAUGUGUUGCUGGUGAUAAGGAGAUUGGUGUGACUGUUGAAACUGUGUAUAUUUGUACAGCUUUUUGAAUCAGAUGCUCUGUUGAAAUAAUCUUCUGAUUCACAAGGCUUUGUCUUGUAUGUUUAAAAAAAAAAAAAAAAAAAGUAGGGAGUAGCUUGUCCUGGUGGCCGCAUGGCCUCCAUGUAGCAGUCUUCACUUAAAUUUAGUGCAGGGUGUACAUGUGGUUGUAACUAGUAGGCUGGAAUUCUAUGAUCAGUUUCUAUAAAUUGACUGUUGGAGUUAAACUGCCUUGGUCUGUGUCAUAUGGGAAACAAUGUAGCCAUAUGGUGGUCAGAACUAAGGACUUAAUUACAACUGCUUUGGACAUCCCCUCCCCCCUGGCAUCUGAUUACCAACCCCCCAAACAUCCUCCAGAGCCAGAUUAGCCACGCCCCUAUUCUUCUUCCCAAGCUAAAAACUGGUAUAUAGUCAGUAUUUGCACUCCCCCUGCUCUACUGUCCCCGCCUACCCACAUACCUAUCUGUUCCUGUGUUUCAAACUCUUGUAUUUCUGUACUACCCCUCCCCCUAAUCAAUGAUCAAUGGUAUCAGAUGGUAUAUUGGUUUUUUUAGUUACUGGAUGGGCCCCUCCCAGCUUUGUCCAAAAUGUCCCCUUUUACUAAACUACAAACUGAAAUGUUUAAUUUACCUUAGAACUAAAGAUUUAAUCAAGCCUAGCUAGCAGGGUGGACAUUGAUUAAAAUAAGUAAUAAUAAAAUAGGGACAUAAUUAAUUAAAGUCUAUUUGUUUCAUUUGACUUUAGGGAGGCACUCUAAGCCACCUACUGGCCAUCUUCGGGAGUUACAUUGAUAAUACAUUGUUUAUAACAGAUAGAUGUAGGAUUGCUUACCCUAUUUUAAUAUAUUUAUUGCUAUAAGGUUUUAUUUUAUGUAUAAAUAUAUUAAAAGUUGAGUUUUCUUAUUAGACCCAUAAAGAUUAUUUUGAUACAAUUACCCUCUGGUGACACCUACUGGUAGGUUUUUGGUUUAACACUUUAAACAAAAACGUUUUUUCAUCCACCAAAUGCUGACUAAUAAAAUUAUCUUACUACUCCUAGACUGGAACCUAUUAUUGGGCAGCCUUGCCGAAGUCCCAUAUUAGACACUGCUUGAGUCAAAUAGGUUGUAUACUCCCUUUAAUCCAGAGGCCCCUGAAAACUUCCGAAUGAUAGACUCAGCAUUUGUCAGCCAGGCCCAAGGUGAUAGUAAAAGGAAAUUACAGAAAAUUAGAGGGAUUUGUAGGGAUGUCCAUAAUACAGCUAAUGGAGAUUGCAAAUACAGUAUAUAUGAAUAGGGAGAUGGAGGAAGAGCGUAAAAUGAGGAAAAAGGCAGAUAUGCUAGCGGUAGCUAUCUUAAGUGUAGAAAGACAGGGAAGUGAAUAGAGGAGACGAGAAUAGGCUGAGCAAGGGACUUUAAGUAGGAAUUAAUGUGCGUAUUGUAGAAAGGAGGGACAUUGGAAGAGUGAGUGUCCACAGAGAGAGCAGUAUGAAGGUGAUAGACAGGAGAGAGAAGGGUACGAGGAGGUUAUAGUGGUAGUUAUAGAGGAAGAGGAAGUUUUAGAGGGAAUGGUGGGAAUAGUAGAGGAAGUGUUCAAGGAGACAGAUACUAUCCACCCACGCAGAGACCUAGAGAAAGAGAGGAUAGAGAUUUUGUGGGUCUGGCUGACACUAUCAUGGAAGACUAUUGAUACCGACUGGGCUCCAUCCCACUUGGUCGAGCGAGCCUAUGGUCGAUGUAGCAAUAGGGGGAAAGAGAAGUUCUUUCAUGAUCGACACAGGUGCUGAACAUUCUGUGGUGACUAAGAUGGUGGCUCCGCCUUCGGGGAAGACUAUAAAUGUGAUAGGAGCUACUGGGAGAAGUGCAGCCAGACCGGUUCUUAAGAGUCGCACUUGUAUUCUGGGAGGCCAUGUGGUGAAGCAUUAGUUCCUAUAUAUGCCAGAGUGUCCGAUUCAACUUUUAGGACGAGAUCUAUUAUCGAAGCUUUAAGCUCAGAUAACCUUUUACCUAAUGGAUUAACAUCUCUGAAGUUUAAGGGAUUACCAGGCAUAAUGGCGAUAUCGGUGCCAAGGGAAGAAGAAUGACGCUUCUAUUCCAUAUUGACAAGUGUUAACCCUAAGAGUGAUGAAUCCUUAUUUGACAUUCCAGGAGUAUGGGAAGAAAAUAAUCCUCCAGGACUUGCUCGUAAUAUCCCACCAAUACAUAUUGAGUUAAAGCUCGGGGUGUAUUCUGUUAGCCUUUGUAUGUUGUUCUUUUAUCUACCCCAACAGCUGUAAAGGUGGCGGAAGUGACUCCUUGGAUUCAUCAUUCUAAGGUUAAACCAGCAGCAGACUCUUGGCAAGCUACUCCAGAUCCUGAGAAUCCUUGCAGGACCCGGUUGAAGCGUGCAACUCAGUCGGAGUGACGAGGGGAUAUCGAGACAUUCUAGUUAAAAGUCUACAAAGAUCAUCAAGUAGGUGUUUUGACGGCCAUAAUAAAGCCUGACCACCUGCCUACGUGUCAUAGCCAGAGUAUCUUGAAGGGAUCUCUGUGAAGGAAAGUGAGGAUCAGAAGAACAACAUCCUUGCAGCCCUCACAAUCGGGAAGCUGAGAGGCCAUCGCACGGUCGAAGAAAAAUGAGGAUUUCAGGAAUAAUGUGUUUUAUUGUGUCUUAGUAUUUUUAUGAUUUUUCAGGAAGGUAGGAGUACAGACAUACCGAAUUGCGAUAGUUGCAUUAAGACUACUAAAACAGGUAACCAAAUAUCCCAAACUCUCAUCUGGCACUCACAGUAUGAAUGUAAGGGAUCUGUAUCUAAAUGUAGAUAUUUGGAUAUUGAUUAUAGUGUGUGCAAGCCAAUAUCAGGAGAGUCUAAAUGUUUUGAUCCCCAUUUCCAACCCCGUACAAUUUGGUUGGUAAUUCGGAAUAGUAACUCCCAGGGGACAUUAAUAAAUAGGACUGUGAUAAGCACCAUACAUUCCGCGGGUAUUCUACUAUUUGAUGCAUGUAAGGCGAUUUCGGGUAGUGGAAGACUUUGGAAUGUAUGUGGUAAUCUUAAAUGGGAACGAACUUAUGGGUUUAAUGAUAAAUACUUAUGUCCCAGUAAAAGAUCUACUGAUCCUGAUUGCCCAAAUAGAGACUAACUUCUGCCCCUAUUGGUCAUGUGUAGGUUGGGCAACCUGGGAAAAACAGUGGAUCAAGAUAUGAUUAUCCAAAGGUUGCCUACCACACCAUACUGUAAAACUAUGUGUGUAACCCCGUUCACAUGACCAUUUCCAAUCUGCAGUACUUUGACAGGUUUGGAGGUCUGUUUGGGUUUCAAAUAUAUGGCACAGGAGUAGAUUCAGGAACAAUAAUAUAUGUAGGUCUUGAAACUGAGACAGUGGCAACUCAAACUCAUCAGGUUUCUCAUUCCUUCUAUGAGGAGAUGAGUAUUGAGGAUAAAAUUCCCCAUAAUGUUAACAACCUAUUUAUUGAUUUGGCUGAGGGUAUUGCAGGUAGUCUUAAUGUAACUAAUUGCUAUGUGUGUGGAGGUACUAAUAUGGGAGACCAGUGGCCAUGGGAGGCAAAGGAAAUAUGGUACCCUGGCUCUGAGACAUAUGAACAACAGAUACCUUUCCAGUCUGAUCAUCAAGUAAGUACUAGAAGUAAAUUGGAAUGGUGGUUAAAAACCUCCAUUAUAGGUCAUGUUUGUAUAGCCAGGAAAGGGACAAUGUAUAACACGUCUGUAGGUGAGCUAACGUGCUUGGGACAAAAAGCCUAUAAUGUUAAUACUAAAAAUACUACUUGGUGGUCAGCUUCAAAUGUCUCGGAACCUACUAAUCCGUUUGCCAAUUACACUCAUUUAAAGGAGGUAUGGUUUGACUUAUCGGCUACAUCUAGUUGGAAAGCCCCAGCAAAUUUAUACUGGAUCUGUGGUAAGAAAACUUAUUCGGAGUUACCACAAGAUUGGGAAGGGGCAUGUGUAUUAGGUAUGCCAAAGCCAUCCUUCUUCUUGUUGCCAAUCGAAACAGGAGAGACCUUGGGAGUUAAGGUUUACGAUGUAAAUCAUAAAAGGGAGAGAGCAUCCUUGAAUAUAGGUAGCUGGGAAGAUAAUGAGUGGCCCCCUCAACGUAUUAUUAAUUAUUAUGGACCUGCUACUUGGGCAGAAAAUGGCACUUAUGGAUAUAGAACUCCGAUUAUAUAUGCUCAACCGCAUUAUUAGACUACGGGCGGUAGUUGAGAUUAUUACUAAUGACACAGCUCAAGUGCUUAAUCUUCUAGCUAAGCAAAAUACCAAGAUGUGAUCAGCCAUAUACCAGAAUAGGCUAGCCCUUGAUUACUUACUAGCAGUAGAAGGAGGUGUAUGCGGAAAGUUUAAUCUAAGUAACUGUUGUCUGCACAUAGAUGAUGAAGGGCAGGCAGUGGCUGAACUUACAAGCCACAUGGUUAAAUUUGAGCAUGUACCUACUCAGGUCUGGAAUGGGUAUAACCUAAGUAGUUGGUUUGGAAGUUGGUAUGAGCAGCUUGGAGGAAUUAAGACAUUAGUAGGAGGAGUAGAAUUUAUUAUUUUUUUUUGUGCCUCCUCCUGCCCUGUCUAAUUCCACUAGUGGUAAGGUCCCUACGUAGUAUUAUAGAGAGUACUAUAGAGAGAAAGACAGCGGCUCAUGUAAUGGCUGUCUGGAAGAUAUGAUCCCCUAGCCCGAAGAGAAUAUAUUCAGGAUGAAGAAUGUUGAAGGAGUUUUUAAGAUGCUUACAAGGUCUACUCUGGUUCAAUGGCUACUUGAGAGAUGUAGGUAAAACUGUGAUUGGUGAUGCAUCUGGAAUAAUGUUAUAUCAGAGGCAUCAAAAGGGGGGAAUGUGAUGGGAUUCCAGCAUGGUUAAAAUUUAGUAGGCCAAAAUCUCCAUGUGGCAUAUGUGUAUGUUGUGUCAGUUGGUUAGCUACAUGUAGCUAGGAUACUGUCAUCAGUGUACUGAGCAUGUGCAGGAAUGCAGGAACUGAAAUUGCACUUAUUUCCUUUGUCUUGGAUGAGCCAUGUGGUUUGACUAGAUGUACAAGUCUAUAUUCUGCUCAUUGAUUGGUUAAAGGUAUAUGUGGGUGUAGCCAUUAAUGGGAGGAGUUAUAGUGCUAUAUAAGGAAUGUACACUAUGUGUUGGUCUCUCAGAAUGUUGGAACAGGAGUUCAUCUGAGACCCGAUCGGUAAUGUGAAUAAAGGCCUGUUACUUCCUGAAGACCUGUGUCCAAUAUUUCUGUGUUUGGCUUCUGCAUGCUUACACUGCAACAGUUGUCCGUUGCCUCAGUAUGAAUACCUGGACCUCUGUCAUGGUCCUGGAAAUAAUUUCCGCUGAAGGGUGUUCUCCAUAAAAAGACAGCCUAAAUUGUAUUAAUGACAUGGAGGCUCCUAUUAUGCUAUCUCUUUCUUACUUUAUUCCUCAGCAGCAAAGAGAAAUAUAAAACUGAAAGAGAAAAAAUGUAGAUAUGCAAUAAUAAUAAUAACAGGUACAACCAGAUCUGCCUAGUAACAGGGCAGCCAAUCAGCCUAGUAGGAACAGUCCAUAAAUGCCUUGCUUAGUACUUCCACUUCCUCUUUCUUUGCUGCUGUCCUCAGACCAGCUAAGUAUUAAUUUCACUCCUGUAUAUUUUAAUCUUGGAUUGUUUUUAUGGGUUUAUCUACUGAUAUAUUUAAUGUAUUAUGUACUUGUAUACUGCUUUGUGCACCCUGUAUGAUUUCUGUGUUUUGCUUUGAUGUUUUUUGGCACCCCUUUUGGGUGUCUCUGUUUCUUCCCCUGCUUUGCACAGUCUCCCUGCCUGUGCUGUACCUUUUGUGUGCACAGACAGGGACCGCGGAUCACUGGGGAAGCUGUUUUCUCGGGAGCUGCUGUGCUCCCUGACCGCCCUCCCUCCUCCCCUUGCGACCGCGGCGACCCGCUCUACCUCCGGCCGCGUGUGUUUUUUCCAGCGAGCUCCCCGGCCAUUGGCGGGGGAGGAGUUUGGGGCCGCGGCAUGCUCUGCACGCGGCGGCCAUCUUCUUUCACACACGUGGCUGCUGGCGGAUCCGGCGGUCGGCUCACUUUACCCCUGUUUUUUCUCCACAGGUUUGUGGGUUACUCAACCCCUGUUCUGUAGUUUAGGUUUUUACUCCAUCAUACUGUUAUAACAUUGUAUUCUGAGACUGGUGGCCUGGCUCCCAUAAUAUUUAUUGUGGCUUAAUAUUUUAUCUGUGUAUAUUUAAAGGGACAUACCCCUUUUUAUCCACAAGCUUAUUUACCCUCCUGUCUAUCAUGCAGGCUAAGGUUGAUGAUUCUGGCUGUCCCAGCUACCCCACCAUGGAAGCCUUUCAGGCCCCUUUCUCAGGUGAAGGGGGUCUCACCCCCUCUCAGGAGUUCCAGGCCCUUACUUUUUCUACUAUGCAGAGGGCCCUGGCCUCAGCCAUGGGGACAGUCUCAUCAUCGCUGUCUCACACUAUCCAACAGGCCCUGACUCAGCCCCUGGCUUCUCCUAUGUUGGCAAGCCCCCUGCCUGCGCUGCAACCUCAGGUCAGCCGCAAGGCAUAUGCCAAAACUAAGCAUGUCUCCCCCGAUAUGACACAGGUGGUACCUGCCCUGACUGAUGUGCCUAUGGCCGUCCAAGAUGGCGCGUUACCACGCAAGAGAGCCGCUGGCCGGGCAAAAUUGGCCAGAAAGUGGAAAAGUGCGCGUGCCCAUGACAAUGACGGGUCUGAUUCAGAUCCAAGUGGGGAGACAGGUUCGGACACCCCCGACUACGCCUCUUAUGAGGAAGGGGACUCCGACGCGAAGGCGGGGUCUGACGCUUCGGUGUUACCUCCGAGUGAGGAACAAGGCAUAUGCGAUCCGCAGGGUUACCCCCUGUUCGAUCCUGAUGACCUUCACCACCCUCGCUCGGCGGAAUGGGACCCGCCCAAGCAUAUAGCUAGCUAUCUAGCGCUUCGUAUGCGUACCCCCUUAUCCAAGGAAGGGCGCAGUAAGUUACGGGCCGAAUGCCCAAGGCCCUCAGUGCCUGUGCGGCGUGUAAGACGCCAGAGGUUGACCCUCUGAUCUCACAGUUCCUGACAAAAACGGGCUGGAAACCCAGAAAGGGUUUGGAGUUUUCACUCCAUAAUUGCCAGGACAAGAUUUUGGACACUCUAGGUCCCGUGACUAAGCUUUAUGAGCUAUUGGAGACAGCUAAAACAGGGGAUACCCCCCUGGGUUUCAAUGUAGCAAUAGGUUGGGUCCAGAGAUUGAUUUGCCUACUUGGCACUGCUAACACGGCUAUGUCAGCCGAACGCCGCAAGGCGAUCCUGCUUAAAUCGAACCUAAACUGGUUAACCUUGCGGUCAAGGAACCGGGCGCUGCCGCUAAAGGCAUGCUCUUUGGUGAGUCUUUUGUUAAAGACUUGGGCUCUUUUGUGCGCACCUUCACCGCCCUAGAUAAGGCCCAAUCCAACCUUAAGAGAGUUUUUGGUCCAAAGGUUUUCAACAGGGCCGGGAGGUAUAGGAGCAGUCCGCCCGGCCGUGGAAAUCGAGGUCCCUCACGGACUCAAAGAGGUUCCUUUGCUGCCCCUCGGGCCUAUCAGGACUACAAACCCGCUCCCUUCUUUCCCUCCCGCGGGAGGACAUGGCAGAAUCGGGGAGGACGUGGCCAACCCUCAUACAGACGCCCUUACGUUGAGUACUCAAAAAGGUUUUUCUCUCCGGGCGAGUGUGGGAGGCAGGUUGGCUUUGUUUCUCGACAUGUGGGGCAUGAUCACCACGGAUGUGUGGGUGUUAAAUACUAUCAGAGGCGUUCGCCUGGAUCUUUUGUCUCCCCCUAUCCAGGUGGACUCACCUCAGGAACUGAGGUUGCCGGAAGAUCAGUCCGGGCUGAUUACCAAGGAGAUCUCGGAACUUCUGGCCAAACGGGCAAUACAAGAAGUCCCGUACGAUCAUCCGGGAUUUCUAAGCAACCUAUUCCUCAUCCGCAUACCUGACUAUACCUAUGGCAGAGGUACACUGGGACUUAUUGCACUUUACGUGGCAAGGACGUCGGUGGAGGUUUACCUGUCUGCCCUUCAGUCUCUCUUCAGCACCUUGGUGCUUCCCGAAGGUGAUGAAGCCGGUGGUGGCGUUCCUCAGGUCGCGGGGCGUAUGCAUGAUUAUCUACCUGGACGACAUACUGAUUAUGUCCACGUCCCCCGAUCAACUUCUACAACACCUGAGCUGGACGGUGAAUCUUCUGGAGAGCUUAGGUUUUCUCAUAAAUUGGGAAAAGUCCAUGGUGACCCCAUCGCAGAAAAUAGAAUUUCUGGGUUUCGAAGUCGAUUCGGUUGCCCAGUUUCUGUUCUUUCCAGAGACCAAGCUAAAGGCUAUGAAGAAAGAAAUAAGACUUACUCUACGGACCACCAGUCUCUCCGUACGACAAUUGGCGAGGGUCAUUGAUCUACAACGUCUGAAAGGAUCCCACCUUUGCUCGGGCAGUUCGUACGAAAGCGAACUAUGCCUGGACAGAGACUCCAAGGAGGAACUUCGAUGGUGGUUGGAUCAUAUGGAGGCAUGGAAUGGUCGAGCAAUCUUCGGCACCGCCCUGGACAUGGUGAUAGAAUCGGAUGCCAGCCUACAUGGCUGGGGCGCUCGCUGUGGAGAUGUCUCCACAGGUGGCAGAUGAUCCGAAAUCAAAUCAAAGCUACACAUCAACUGUCUGGAAUUGCUGGCGGGAUCGUUCGCUAUUCGCAGCCUGUCUAUAACCCUGGGAAACUGCUGCGUCCUUCUGCGUAUGGACAAUGUGUCCGCGGUAAGAUAUAUAAAUCACCUAGGUGGCACGAAGUCAAAACAACUGGCGAAUCUAGCGAAGGAUUUCUGGCAGUUCUGCCUCCACAGCGCGGUGUCGGUCACGGCCGAACACAUCCCGGGUUUGGACAACAAAUGGGCGGACUGGAAUUCGAGAUACUUGAAAGACUCUGGAGAUUGGCAUCUGUUACCUUCGAUCUUCCGACAGAUAGAUCGACUAUGGGGCCCGUUACAACUGGACUUGUUCGCAUUCAGACUGAACGCUCAACUACCCCAAUACUUCAGUUGGAGACCGGAUCCAUUAGCCACGGUGGUGGACGCGUUCCUGCAGAUAUGGCCUCGGGGUCGUCUCUUUGCGUUUCCCCCUUUCAACCUGAUCUCUCGGACGCUGGCAUACUUGUCCGGACAAGAAUGCACGUUGGUGGUGAUAGUUCCCCUAUGGCAGACUCAGCCUUGGUUUCCACGUCUUUUGGAGAUGGCGGCGGAGUGCCCACGGAUGAUCAGGAUGCGAUCAGAGGUGCUUUUGGAUCCGGAUGGGAACUCGCACGACUUAGUGGACCAGAACCUGCUCCAGCUCACGGCUUGGUUGAUUUCCAGGGACCCUGGUGUGUCUCGGACGUUCCGCAGGCUACUACAAGACUCCUGGAGAAUGCCUGGGCACUGGGGACCAGAACAGCUUACAAGGCUGCAUGGCGUGUGUGGUCUGGCUGGUGCGUGGGCAGACUGCUGUAUCCCCUUUCUGCCCCUCUGAAGGAGGUGCUCAGUUUUCUGACCACGCGUUUUGAAUCUGGUUUGGCCUAUCGCACUAUCAAUGUUUAUAGAUUGGCCAUUUCAGCCGGACAUAUAGGUAUUGACGGAUCACCGAUUGGACAACAUCUUUUUGUGUGCCGUUUGUUGAAGGGUAUUCGUUACUCUAGACCUCCGAAAUCCAGAUAUUCAUCGUUUUGGGAUGUUAACGUGGUGCUGGACUUCUAGGAAUCAUGGCUUCCUAAUGAGGACCUGUCACUGAAGCAAUUAUCCUGGAAAUUGGUUAUGCUCCUGUGUCUCCUUUCAUGCAAAAGGGUUUCAGAUGUCAGGGCUUUGGACUGGAACGCGUUAUCCUUCACCCCCGAGGGAGUGUCGUUUAACAUCUCUAGGAGGACGAAGACGUCUUCUUAGUCAGUGACCUACCCUAGGUGUUCAGUCCGACCUGCUCUGUGUCCGGUAACUUGCCUACAAGUGUACUUGGAUCGCACUCACCUAUUGAGGUCAUCGGAUUUAUCCCAAUUGUUUAUUUCAUUUAAGAAACCGUUUCUCCCGAUCUCCUCGACUACGUUAGCUCGUUGGAUUAAGAACCUUCUAUCCGCUGCAGGAAUUGACACUUCAAUAUUUUCGGCCCAUUCGGUCAGAGGCGCCAUGGCGUCUAAGGCCUCCACGAUGGGAUGUCAUAUGGAUGAUAUCCUGAAGGCAGCGGAUUGGUCUAGAGAAUCUACGUUCCGCGAUUUUUAUUUCCGCCUGAUUGACCAUGUUUCCUCGUUAGUUAUGGCUCAGCUUUAAACUAGCAUAAUAGGAGCCUCCGUGUCAUUAAUAAAAUUCCCAGAUUUUACUAAUAACAUGACGUAAAGUCAUGAUUUUAUUAAUGACACGGAGGCGAGUAUUAUUCCCACCCUCCCACCCAGUGGGUAUGGUUUGGGUCUAUACUUAUGGUUCAAUCGGGUGGGGGCUCUUUUACCUCAAGGUAAGUGUUCACAGUUUUCUCUGACUUAUUUGGAUCUAUGUACUUAUGUGGUUCCGAUUUGACGUUUUUUAGUCCUGCAGGCCAGAUUGUCAUGAAAUGUUACAUGCAGGUCCGGAGUUUGGAUUUUACCUACCUUUUCUCUGUUUUACAGCUUGAUUUCGUUAAGAUGACGUCUACCUUGUUGGAGAUUGUUCUUUCCUGAUGUGGAAGUUUGGUGUGGGUCUUCGGUUCAGAAGGCAAAGAAGAGGAAGUGGAAGUACUAAGCAAGGCAUUUAUGGACUGUUCCUACUAAGCUGAUUGGCUGCCCUGUUACUAGGCAGAUCUGGUUGUACCUGUUAUUAUUAUUAUUGCGUAUCUACAUUUUUUCUCUUUCAGUUUUAUAUUUCUCUUUGCUGCUGAGGAAUAAAGUAAGAAAGAGAUAGCAUAAUACUCGCCUCCGUGUCAUUAAUAAAAUCAUGACUUUACGUCAUGUUAUUAGUAAAAUCUGGGAAUUGUAACUGUCUCUGGAACUCCAUUUGUUCCUGUGUUUCACCCGAAUCCCCCUGUUUGGGAACCGAACCGCCAUCCAUUCGGUACUCUGCCAUGAGUUCGGUAACAAGUACCGCUUUCUUCUUGUUGCUGGCUUGAAUACCCCUUGCCUCUAGGAGGUCCUUUAAUGUGGAGCGUUUUAGUGUAGCAAAAUCAAUCUCCAUCCGUACUCCAUUUGUGCUUGUUCCUCUGUGAGUCUGGAUCCCACCGCUGACAACCAAUGUAGCGGAGAUACAAUAUUCCACAGAUUAUCUCCGCUUAAGAUCCCAGUGAGGCUCAGGAACAAGUAAUUAUAAAUCCACAAGGCAAGGUUUCCAGCAGGUAAAAUAAUCCAACAGUAUCCCAACAGCAAUCCCAAUAACUGGACGACACACAGCAUCAGGAGCAGAACUGAAAACCUUUAUUCCACAGUGGCCUUAUAAAGCAUGCUCCCAUGCAAGGGAGGGACUUUCAUCAAUUAUUACAGUACCCAAUCUGACAAUAGUAACCUCCCACCCAUCUCCUCCCCUCACCCUGACUCAUAAUCCCCUUAUACUGUACACAAAUUCCCCCAGUUUCUGGAAGUACCCCUAAACCUAGGGGUACCCCUUUAAAUGGCACAUCCCCAGGUAGCCCUGAUCUGGGUGAGCAACAUAUCCAAAAAUCACCAAGAUCGGACCAGGGGUUCGGGAAAUUUAUGGAAGUACUAAAAAGACCGACCGCGCUGGAGAGAACAGCCGAAUUGGGUUCCAUGCGAUGGGGCCCUGCGGUCGGUCCCAGUAUAAGGGAAUAAAUUACACGAAAGGCUAAGGCUACAGAGAUCAGGUAGGGUUCGCAUGAAUCCCCUCGUUCGGUUGUUUCUGUCUACUGAACGAGGGGCCAUUCGGUAGUUUGGAACCAAACAGACCAGGCUUGUGGAGGUCUCAGCGGUGUUCGCCUAGUCGAGUCUCCGAAACAGCAAAACACCGCUGUUCGGGAUUUUUAAAAUGGCCCCCACCACGUGUUCGUUUCCCGAAUGGCGGCCACCCCGCAAACAAAGGACCUACUGCAUAGCUUGUUAAUUGAAGGCACACUUCACACAGUGGAGGUCUGAUUGUUCGGUAGUUUCAUUCCCUUAGUUUAUUCGAAUGAUUCUACCGAACAAUCAGAUGAAUACACUUUAUUUAAACACAUAUAAAACCAGCAGUUUACACAAAUGCAGUUAUACACAUGUAAUUUUCAGGACAGCCCAGUGCCAUCCGCUACACUGUUUAUAGUGGAUUCAGAUUGUAUGUUUGUGUAGUGGACAGAGUGUGUGUGUAUAUUGUAUCUAUUGUGUGUAUAGCAGAGUGUGUGUUUGUGUACUGGAUGUAGUAUGUGAAUAGUGAAUGUAGUGUGUGUGUAUAGUUAAUGCAGAGUGUGUGUAUCGUGGAUGUAGUGUGUGUGUAGUGGAUGAUGUGUGUAGUGAAUGUAGUGUGUGUUUGUGUAGUGGAUGCUGUGUGUGUAGUGGAUGAUGUGUGUAGUGAAUGCAGUGUGUGUUUGUGUAGUGGAUGCUGUGUGUGUGUGUAGUGGAUGAUGUGUGUAGUGGAUGCAGUUUGUGUGUUUAUGUAGUGGAUGAUGUGUGUGUGGUUGUGUAGUGGAUGCAGUUUGUGUGUUUAUGUGGUGGAUGAUGUGUGCGUGGUUUUGUAGUGGAUGAUGUGUAUGAUUGUGUAGUGGAUGCAGUAGGUGUGGUUGUUUAGUGGAUGAUGUGUGUGGUUGUGUAGUGGAUGCAGUGUGUUUAUUUGUGUAGUGGAUGAUGUGUGUGGUUGUGUAGUGGAUGAUGUGUGUGUAUUUGUGUAGAGAAUGAUGUGUGUGGUUGUGUAGUGGAUGCAGUGUGUGUAUUUGUGUAGUGGAUGAUGUGUAUGGUUGUGUAGUGGAUGCAGUGUGUGUAUUUGUGUAGUGUAUGGUGUGUAUGGUUGUGUAGUGGAUGCAGUGUGUGUAUUUGUGUAGUGGAUGAUGUGUAUGGUUGUGUAGUGGGUGCAGUUUGUGUGUUUAUGUAGUGGAUGGAAUGAUGUGUGUGGUUGUGUAGUGGAUGCAGUGUGUAUAUUUGUGUAGUGGAUGAUGUGUGUGGUUGUGUAGUGGAUGCAGUUUGUGUGUUUAUGUGGUGGAUGAUCUGUGUGGUUGUGUAGUGGAUGCAGUGUGUGUAUUUGUGUAGUGGAUGCAGUGUGUGUAUUUGUGUAGUGUAUGGUGUGUAUGGUUGUGUAGUGGAUGCAGUGUGUGUAUUUGUGUAGUGGAUGAUGUGUAUGGUUGUGUAGUGGGUGCAGUUUGUGUGUUUAUGUAGUGGAUGGGAUGAUGUGUGUGGUUGUGUAGUGGAUGCAGUGUGUAUAUUUGUGUAGUGGAUGAUCUGUGUGGUUGUGUAGUGGAUGCAGUGUGUGUAUUUGUGUAGUGGAUGAUGUGUGUGGUUGUGUAGUGGAUGAUGUGUGUGUGGUUGUGUAGUGGAUGCAGUGUGUGUAUUUGUGUAGUGGUUGAUGUGUAUGGUUGUGUAGUGGAUGCAGUGUGUGUAUUUGUGUAGUGGAUGCUGUGUUUGUAUUUGUGUAGUGGAUGAUGUGUAUGGUUGUGUAGUGGAUGCAGUGUGUGUAUUUGUGUAGUGGAUGAUGUGUAUGGUUGUGUAGUAGAUGCAGUUUGUGUGUUUAUGUAGUGGAUGUUGUGUAUGGUUGUGUAGUGGAUGCAGUUUGUGUGUUUAUGUAGUGGAUGAUGUGUGUGGUUGUGUACUGGAUGCAGUGUUUAUAUUUGUGUAGUGGAUGAUGUGUGCGGUUGUGUCGUGGAUGCAGUGUGUGUUUAUGUGAUGGAUGAUGUGUAUGGUUGUGUAGUAGAUGCAGUUUGUGUUUUUAUGUAGUGGAUGUUGUGUAUGGUUGUGUAGUGGAUGCAGUUUGUGUGUUUAUGUAGUGGAUGAUGUGUGUGGUUGUGUACUGGAUGCAGUGUUUAUAUUUGUGUAGUGGAUGAUGUGUGCGGUUGUGUCGUGGAUGCAGUGUGUGUUUAUGUGAUGGAUGAUGUGUAUGGUUGUGUAGUGGAUACAGUUUGUGUGUUUAUGUGGUGGAUGAUCUGUGUGGUUGUGUAGUGGAUGCAGUGUGUCUAUUUGUGUAGUGUGCAUGUGUGGUUGUGUAGUGGAUGAUGUGUAUGGUUGUGUAGUGGAUGCAGUGUGUGUAUUUGUGUAGUGGAUGAUGUGUGUGGUUGUGUAGUGGAUGAUGUGUAUGGUUGUGUAGUGGAUGAUGUGUAUGGUUGUGUAGUGGAUGCAGUGUGUGUAUUUGCGUAGUGGAUGAUGUGUGUGGUUGUGUAGUGGAUGCGGUGUGUGUAUUUGUGUAGUGGAUGAUGUGUGUGGUUGUGUAGUGGAUGAUGUGUAUGGUUAUGUGGUGGAUGAUGUGUGUGGUUGUGUAGUGGAUGAUGUGUAUGGUUGUGUAGUGGAUGCAGUUAGUGUGUUUAUGUGGUGGAUGAUGUGAAUGGUUGUGUAGUGGAUGAUGUGUAUGGUUGUGUAGUGGAUGAUGUGUGUGGUUGUGUAGUGGAUGCAGUUUGUCUGUUUGAUGAUGUAUGUGUGUGGUGGAUGUGUGACAAAUGCUGCUGGGAGGUAUUUUUUUAUGUCGAUUUUUUAUAAUUAAAAAAAAAAAAAAAAAAGUAUUCCCCUCUCCCUGCCUCUUACCUGUAGCCAGGGAGGGGGGCCAGCAAGGAGGAGCCCAGCUCCUGCAGCCAGUGCUCUAUUUAUGACGCGAGCCCAGCAUGCAUUGCGUGCCGCGGAGCGUUGUCAUGACAACCCACGGCAACGCUUUACUGCUGUGGCUCGCGAGAGUGCUGGAGGGGAAUUAUAUAAAUCAAGACACAUAAAUGAAUUUAUUUUGAAUUACUUUAUCUAAGCUGGACAUAUUAUGCACACGCUAUUAUUGCCAAAACUGUGGAAAAAAAUGUUUUUUUUCCCAUUUUGUAGCAUUUUUUUUAUAAUUAAUGAGAAUUUAUCUAUGUAUAUGUGACGUAAAAUGAAAGCCCUGUUUGCCCUCUGAAAACAGUAUAUGUGUUGUUGCAAUAAAUGACAGAGAUGCAAACUGCAUUUGAACACAAACAGCAAAAAAUGCAAAAAUGACUUGUGUCCUUAAGGGUAAGACAAGCUUCAAAAGCUGUAUCCUUAAAGGACCACUAUAGUGCCAGGAAAACAUACUCGUUUUCCUGGCACUAUAGUGCCCUGAGGGUGCUAACACCCUCAGGGUCCCACUCCCGCCCGGCUCUGGAAGGGGGAAAGGGGGUAAAACUUACCUUUUUCCAGCGCUGGGCAGAGAGCUCUCCACCUCCGAUCCUCCUCUUCUCCUCCCCGUCGGCUGAAUGCUUUCCUAUGGACGCUGGCAUGCUCUCACUGUGAAAAUCACAGUGAGAAGCACGCAAGCGCCUCUAGUGGCUGUCAAUGAGACAGCCACUAGAGGGAAUUGGGGAAGGCUUAACCCAUUCAUAAACAUAGCAGUUUCUCUGAAACUGCUAUGUUUAUGAAAAAAUGGGUUAACCCUAGCUGGACCUGGCACCCAGACCACUUCAUUAAGCUGAAGUGGUCUGGGUGCCUAGAGUGGUCCUUUAAGGGGUUAAAAUAAGAAAAACUACCACAACAAGGGGGCAUUGUCUUAAAUUAAAAGGGGCAAAUGUUUAAAAAUAAUAUCAGGAAGUAUUACUUUACUGAGUGGGUAGUGGAUGCAUGUAAUAGCCUUCCAGCUGCAGUGGUAGAGGUUAACACAGUGAGGGAGUUUAAGCAUGCGUGGGAUAGGCAUAAGGCUAUCCUAACAAUAAGAUAAGGCCAGGGACCUAAUGAAAGUAUUUAGAAAAUUGGGCAGACUAGAUGGGCCGAAUGGUCUUUAUCUGCCGUCACAUUCUGUUUCUAUUUUAUAUAUAGGAGUUAUUGUUGCACUUCUAUUCUUUACAUUCUCAUUGUGAAACUGCACUAAUCCAAAUAUCUUGGAUUACGUGAAUAUUUUAUAUAUAUCGAUUUUACAAGGCAAAAACUAACCGUUGUUUUCCUUUAAUUGCUAUACACACACAACCUAAAACGAAAAUUUUACCACCCUCAUUUUAGUUCUUGGGCUAUAGUGUGUGGGGAUUGGCAAUAGGGGGCUGUAGUACAUGAAGGGUAAAUUGGAACAGUUGUGUGGGGGAAUAUAUAUUUUUUAAUAAAUCACGAAAAUGUAUUGCUAAAAGAUUAUAUCUGGUGGUCUUCUAUCUGAUGCGCGCCUUUUGAAGGUGCAAUCUACGAUGACCGCUCCCUCGGCCGAUACUUGGUUAUGAAAGAAAGCUACUCUCAAGCAACCUCUCUGUAAUUGGACAGUGAUUAAAUCAAUUACAGGUUGUUGUUUGUUGUUUGCACCUCACCAACACCUGUUUGUUACAUACACGGGAUAAGCAUCCAUAAUAUUUAUAAUCCUAGGAACUAGCAUUACAUAUUAGAUCACGGUCGUAUGCUUAGAAACCAAUAAUCCAACUUUAUCCAUAAAAUUUAAAUGAUGCGGCCAUUUUUCCGGAAAUCACAUCUCGUUCAACUAUGUAUUGUCUCAAAUGAUGCUUGUGCGCAUGACGACGCUGGUCGCAUUCGUGAUUACUGAGCAGACAUUGGUUGGUUGUCUAGGAGAAAAUUGACCGAGGCGGAAACGAACGUUGAGACCACUCAGUUCAAGAUUUCUACACAACGAUAUGAUUACAGUCGUAUUUAUUUUGAAGGAAAAACCAAUUUAAUAUUUUCAAGAUUAUCAGUAACGUAAUUUUUUUUCCCCGUGUGCGCCACAGAGGCCUCGCUGCCCUUCAUUUUCUAUUUGGUAUCGUACAGAGCGUGCACCGUUUUCACAGUAUCCCAUAUUGCGGCUCAUAAGCGUGACGUUUUUGGAUCUGUUCAGGUAUUGGUAAUUAUUCGACUUUUGUUUUAGCUAUUUUACUUUUAACAGGUCCGUUUCUGUUCUCGCAUCAAGGGCUUCGCCUUAUGCGCGCUUAUUUGUAAUACCUCCUGUGACUUUUUUUUUCUUGUUUGCUUUAACUUCCAAAGGCGCUUUAAAAAGUAGGACAAAAUGAAAAUCUUUAUCGGCAACGUGGAUGACCAGACUAACCAGGAUGAACUGAGCGCCUUGUUUGAAAAAUACGGACCCGUACUGAGCUGCGCCGUCAUGAAACAAUACGCCUUCGUUCACAUGCGUGGGAAGGACGGCGCUCUGAAAGCUAUAGAAGAACUAAACGGACUUGAGCUUCACGGCAAGAAGAUGGUGGUAGAGCUAUCCAAACCCAGGCCCCAAAACACAUGGAAGAUAUUCGUGGGCAACGUUAGCUCGGGCUGCGACAUCACUGAACUGCGCAAAAUGUUCGAAGCCUACGGGAGGGUGGUGGAGUGCGACGUGGUGAAAGGUAAUGAGUGAGUGCAGUUGCUUCUGGACACCCUGAUUAAAUGUGGGAGUAGCCGCCAUUCGGGCACCUUUGUAAAAUGUUUCGUCUGGAAAGGCUAAUGAACCCUAAGGUUUUGGAGAGGUUUGCGUCAAAGCGCAAAAUGUACUUCAGCAAAUGGCGGUUCGUGCCUGUUAUCAUGGUUUCAAAAUGGCUGAGUGGUGAAGUGAAUCUUGAGUGGUUUUGUAUGAUUGAAACGGUUUAAUUAGAUCUUACCACAAUUUAAUUUGCGUAAUCAUUCUGGGUUCAGUUAAAAACAUUUUUUUUUUUACAAUUUUUUUUUUUUUUUUUUUUUUUUUUAAAUUUUAUUAAAAUUGUGAAUCAGCCAUAUGGUUAUGCAAAGGUUUUCACUACUGUUUUGUUUUUUUUUUUUUUUUUUUUACACUUUACAGCAGGGGUUCCCAAUUAAUUUGUCCCUUGGAACCCCUUGACAUCAUGUAUCAACAUUGUGGACCCCCGACAAAAAUAAAAAAACUGCACAGUUUUUUGUGUGUGUAUGAAUCUGACACACUGAUAUACACAUAGAUACACACCUUGACACACACUGUGUAUCUGUGUGUCAGGUGUGAUUUUUAAAGUGUGUGUUUGUGCCGGUGUGUCAAGGUCUGUAUAUCUGUGUUUGUAUGCGCCAGUGUCUGUAUCUGACACAUAGUGACACACAGAUACACACUGACACACACAUCUUGACUCACAAACAUACACAGUGACAUAUACACACUUGCACCUACAGAAGCACAUACAAACACACUAGCACAUAUACACUAACCUACACACUCAGACACACAUACUCCUUUUACAGACACAUACAUACACUCUCAAACUCUCACUGACAAGCACACAUUCACUCACACAUACUCUUUGACAGACACAUACAAUUUUUUACAUUCUACUCCACCCAGCCCCUCUACCUUUAGGAGUGCUGGCAUAGAGUCCCUGUGGGGCUGCUGGGGUGCAGGCGGCAAGUGAGCCAUGAUCUCCCUGCUCAGCUCCCUCGCGCGCCUCUUAGUGACGUCAUAUUUCGGCUUCAGCAUCACUGCUGUGGGCUCGAGGGAGAUUACUGCUCCCUCGCCGCCCGCAGCCAUUUUGUUUUAUAAACUUUUGUUGGAACACCAAUUAGGAAACGCUGCUUUACAGACUUAUUCAUGACUUAUUUAAAUAGUUAAUUGCUCUGUAACAUUUAUGGCAAGCCUUUACACCAAUAUAUUGAGCAUAAGUGGUGGUUAUGUAAUUCGUAACAAUAUUUUGCGUUAUGGAACUUAAUAUUUCUGUUUAACACAUGAUGAUGGGCCUUCUCUUGGUGUUGUAUAACAAGAUGUGGUGUUUGACAUAUCUACCUUGUACUAAAACAGGUUUCUCUCUUUUGUCCCCUGUUCCGUGUGCUACCUUAUUAGACUUUGCGUUUGUUCAUAUGGAGAGAGAAAGUGAUGCUAGGGAGGCCAUCAAGGAUCUAAAUGGGAAGAAUAUAAAAGGCAAGAGGAUUAAUGUGGAACUCUCUAAUAAAUGUCAGAAGCCUUCAAGCUCUAAUGGUAGUUCUCAUAGCUCACGAUCACGGAGGCCACAUGAUCUUCAUGAACCACUGACAAAUCAUGUUGAUGUUUAUGACCGCCGGAGAGCCACUGAAGCCGCCUAUGCCUCAUAUGCACUAAGGUCACCACAUGAGCGUUAUAUGGACACUGUUCGCUAUAAUUCCUAUGAAAGCCAUCCACGCCCUCCUUCCCCUCUUUACUAUUCACGGGAUAGGAGCCCUAUACGAAGGUCACCCCCCAGAUCAUCCUACUCCGCCGCAGAGGCAUCUGCUAUUCUAACAUCAAAGUACCGCCAGAGUUCUGCAGCAUUGGCCUCUGCCUAUGGUAGUCAGUCUUCACUUUCUUCAGCUUAUGGAACCCAUUCCUCAACGUAUGGGGCAGAUUUAGAUGCGUAUAGACCAAGGGGAUCCACACUGUCGAGUUACGGCACUCACGUAUCCUCUAUGGCGUCGUCCUUGGGCAAUCAGUCCUCAUCCAGUCCUUACGCUGCACAGUCAUCUUCUUCCCCUUAUGCGUCGUCCGCACUAGUCAACUCAUAUAGGCAGCAGCCAAAUUCUGCCUAUGAGUCCUCAAAAUUUGCUGGCCUUGGUCAACAGUCUGCAUACUCGACUGUGCCCCCAAUGAAGGCAGACCCACCAAUGUACGAGCGCACCCGCCUUUCUCCGCCACGAAGUUCUAUUACUGACAGGUAUGUCUACUAGCAUUUUAACAGAAUUUAUUACAGGAACAAACGCGAAAUGUUAAUGUGGGUGGUGGAGACAUGUAGGUCCGUAAAAAAUCUGUAUACCUUCUGAUUGGACAUGGUCUGCUGUGUUAGUAGUGUUUUCAAGUUAAGUAUUAAUUAUUUAUAUUACGAAAUGUUCAAAUUGUUGUCAUCCAACAGACAUUUUGGCAACAUUAUCCAUGAAAGCAAAGAAAUGGGAUGAUCAAAAUUAGUAUAUUUUUGUUGUACAUUCAUGGCUAGUAGAUCUAAAUAAGGUUCUGGGUUUUAUAUUCUGUUGUAAAACAUGCUGCAGUGUAAAUAAAUGCACACUCACAUGACAUCCAUGAAGGAUUCUGUAACCGAUGGUGUACUGGUUUUGCUGUUUUUUUAACGGAUUCUAUAGUAUAAGGAAUAGUGGCGUCCUUUAAUCACCCUCAUAUCACCGAAGUGGCCAUGGUGUAAAACAUUUGAAGGAAAACUGUAAACAAUCUAAAAACCUCAUCUUAUUGAAGUUGUUAUAGAGCCUCAUGUUUUCCCCCUUCUGUCCUUAACGAUAAGUGUUUUUACUAGUUUGAAGGCUUGAAAACCUGUUUCAAGCCCUCCUUAAUUGAAGAACUUGGACUAGUACUUCCUGGCCCUCAUACCCAGUCAUACCGUGAAGUGUCUCACAGCUUGUCCUAGAGAAUCAUUGCAUUCAAUUAUUCUCUAUGACAAGAAUUUGGCUGAUCGCUGCAAGUGCCCUCAUGCUUCUGCAUGAGCAAUUUUGGUUUGGAUCGUUCUGAUCCAAAGAUGUGUGUGUGUGUGUGUGUUUUUUUUUUUUUUUUUUUUUUUUUACCCUUAAAGUGAGGCAACUGUCUCAUUCAAAGUUAUGCAUAUCCCUUUAAGCUGUACUGGCUCUGGUACUUGGUGUCUAUUUUAAUAUCUUUUUGUCCAGCUAACAAUCAAGCUUUAGUCCACUUGAUUUAAAAUGGUAAUUAUUGGCCUUUCAACACACAUUUCAUGUACCACACAUUUGACAUCUUUAGUUUUUAGGAAGAAUCUUAAUGAUUUAAAAGUAUCUGCUGUCAAUAUCUGAACAUGUUAAAGUAUUUUUAUGGCUUUAGCAUGGUCACAUUUACAUAAAUGCUAUUUAUGGUUUUGAUUGGGUUACAUGCUUAGAGUUUUUUUUUUGUUUUUUCAUUAUUUACUUAUGUUUUAUAAGGCCCAUUAAAGUGUUUUUUGUUUGUCUUUUUUUCCUUGUUUCGACCGCAGGAUUUCUUCCGAUCGGCAUUAUUCUGCACUAUCUGAUUACCGUCAUUUAGCAGAUUCACAGGCUAUCUACCGUCGUUCCCCUCCCAAGUCUCAGGUGGACUAUCGUCGAUCACUGGAUUCCCUUUCCGAUUACACUUUUGGUGAUUACUUAAGACCAGCACCACUUUCAUCUAGCUACCAGCGCCGUUUGUAA